UCAUGGCCAACCGUUUUACCUACAGUCAUGUUCUUUUAUACAACAUAUGUGUCUAAUGAUGUAGCACAAUGUGGGAUAGGAGAAGCAGGAUGUCAUUGUGAAAAGUACGAAGCUUCUUUUGGAAAAUUUGAAAAGGCUGCAUAUAAAUAUAAAGCAAAUUCAAAAUAUGAAUAUUAUGCAAAAUAUUAUUUGGCAUUACAUUAUAAACUCGGGAAACCUAUUAAAAAUGAUAAAAAAGCUUAUGAACUCUUUAAUGAAGUUACACAUGCACAAAAAUCCUAUGAUCUCUUUAAUCAAGUUGCAAAAAGUAAUUCAAGGUAUAAUGAUGAUGCAAAAUAUAUGUUGGCAAAAUGCUAUGAAUCUGGUCAAGGUGUUGGAAAAGACUGCAAAAGGGCUUUUGACAUCUACUUAGAUCUUUUAGGAGGCAAGUCACAUUAUGAAAAUAGUGAUAAAAAAUACUAUAAUAAGGAACAAGAAGAUGAUGUUAAAUUUAAGUUGGCAAAUUGCUAUAGCAAUGGUCAAGGUGUUGCUAAAGAUGAUAAUAAAGCCUAUCAACUCUAA